AUGGGAAGAUCUCCUCUUUCAGCUGAUGAAACCGGUUUGAAGAAAGGUCCUUGGUUGCCUGAAGAAGAUGAUAAACUCAUCAGUUAUAUCCACAAACAUGGUCAUAGCAGCUGGAGUGCCCUUCCCAAACUCGCUGGUCUUAACAGGUGUGGGAAGAGUUGUAGGCUACGAUGGACAAACUAUUUGAGACCAGACAUUAAACGAGGAAAAUUCUCACAAGAGGAAGAAGAGACAAUCUUGAACCUUCAUGCAGUUCUUGGAAACAAGUGGUCAAUGAUUGCAACCCACUUACCAGGAAGAACAGAUAAUGAGAUCAAGAAUUUCUGGAACACUCAUUUAAAGAAGAAGCUGAUUCAAAUGGGUUUUGAUCCCAUGACUCAUCGUCCAAGAACUGAUGAUAUCUUCUCUACCUUAUCUCACCUCAUGUCACUCUCUAACCUUAGAGGACUUGUUGAUCUUCAGCAACAGGUUCCUUUUGAAGAUCAACAAGGUUUACUUAAUCUCCAAGCUGAGAUGACUAAGCUCCAGUUGCUAAACUACUUACUUCAACCUCCUCCUCCUCUUCCCAUGAGUAGUAAUAGUAACAACAUUAACCUUAAUGAGUUAAACAUUCUUCAAGACUUCAACAACAAUCUUCCAUCUCUAAAAACCCUAGAGGAAACUCAUUUCAGUCAAAACAGUUCUCCAAUAUGGUCUCAUGAUCCUUCUCCUUUGGCUAAUGAUUUGGUUCUGAACCAGGCUUCUUCAAGCCAUGAGCAAGAAGUAGCAGCUACAGGCCCUGAAGAUUGGCCUGAUCAUCUCUUUGAUGACUCCAUGUUUCCUUUUCAGUCUUGA